AUGCCAGACAAACACCUCCACCUAACAGCCUUCAUGCGCCCCGUAAGCCUGCACUCCGGCGCCUGGCGAUAUCCCGGCUCCUACCCGGACGCCAACUUCAACCUAUCCCACCUCAAGUCCUUCAUCCAGAAGCUCGAGGCCGCCAAAUUCGACGCCUUCUUCAUGGCCGACCACCUCGCCGUGCUGAACAUGCCCAUCGAAGCCCUCCGCCGCAGCCACACAGUCACCUCGUUCGAGCCCUUCACGCUGCUCUCCGCGUUGUCCGUGGUAACAGAGAAGAUCGGAUUAGCAGCAACAGCGUCAACGACGUACGAUGAGCCGUUCCAUAUCGCGCGCCGGUUCGCGUCGCUCGAUCAUCUGAGUAAUGGGCGUGCGGCGUGGAAUAUCGUCACGACGGGGAAUCCUGAGACAGCGAAGAAUUUCGGACGCGAUGAGCAUCUCCAGCAUGGGGAUCGGUAUAAGCGCGCGCGGGAGUUCUAUGAUGUUGUGACGGGGCUGUGGGAUAGUUUUGCGGAUGAUGCGUUUGUGAGGGAUCGGGAGAGUGGGAUCUUUUUUGACCCUGGGAAGAUGCAUGUUCUUGAUCAUGAGGGGGAGGAGUUGAAGGUGAGGGGACCGUUGAAUGUUGCGAGGCCGGUGCAGGGGUGGCCGGUGAUUGUGCAGGCUGGACAGAGUGAGCCCGGGAGGCAGUUGGCGGCGGAGACGGCGGAGGUGGUGUUUUGUUCGCCGAAGGGUUUGGAGGGGGGAAAGGAGUUGUAUAGGGAUAUUAAGGGGCGGGCGGAGGCUGCGGGGAGAGACAAAGAUCAUUUGAAGCUGCUGCCGGCGGCGCUGAUUGUUGUUGGGGACUCGGUGGAGGAGGCGCAGGCGAAGAGGCUGGAAUUGGAUGCUCUGGCGCAUUAUGAGAGUGGGAUUGCGACGUUGUCGAUUGCGCUGGGGACUGAUGCCUCUGGAUUCGACCCGGACGGGCCUCUGCCAAAGGAACUGCCGGAGACGAAUGCGAGCCAUACGAGUCGUGCUGGGGUGGUGAAGCUGGCGGAGGAGCAGAAGUUGACGGUGCGGCAGCUGGCACAGAGGCUGGGAGGGUAUUCGGGGCUUGCGUUUGUUGGGACUCCGCAGACGAUUGCGGAUGAGAUGGAGGUUUGGCUGCGCGAAGAGGGCUCGGAUGGCUUCACGGUCGUCUUUCCAUUCCUGCCGCAGGGACUGGACGAUGUGACGCAGCGUUUGGUGCCGGAGCUGCAGCGUAGAGGCAUCUUCCGACAGGACUAUACGGGCUCGACGCUGAGAGAGCAUCUGGGACUGCCGCGGCCUCAGAACCAGUUCUUCUCUUAA